AGAGAGAGAGAGAGAGAGAGAGAGAGAGAGAGAGAGAGAGAGAGAGAGGAAGAGAAAGAGAAAGAGAGAGAUGAAGAGAAAGAGAAAGAGAGAGAUGAAGAGAAAGGACGUGCCCCCCCGACGCCAAAAAGCAUCGAAAAGGGACUGGAAAACCGAAGAAAAGGGCCCGAGAGCAGAGAACAGGUCAGUCGUGCUAGUUUCCUGCAAGAGAUGGCUCUGAGAUCACAAAUGUCACCCGUUCAAGUGCCUUUCCGCGAUAACCUCACCUCUUCGCGUCUCUAUGGUAGCGCCCCCGAAACUUUUCCGAAAUCCGUGCCAGUGUCAGGGAUGGAUGUGGUGAUCACAUAUCAGAAGAGAGACUCUUUACCCAACGCUGAAGUCAUCGGCCCUGCCUGA